UUUACUUAUGGAGGUAAACAAACCUGUCUGAGAAAACAAGGAUGUCAGGAAAUGAUCAAUGUCCCCUUUUUGUCUGGGGACUUUUAGCCUUCUUGGGUUUGUCACUGAUUAUAUCCCUUAUCUUCAAUGUUUCCUACUGGGUGGAAAGGCAGCGACAAGAUAAAAUCUACUUUUUUACCUUCUCCUACUUGCCAAAAGAUGAUGAAUAUUAUCCUGAAGAUACACCAAUUUAUGGUAACCUUGAUAAUGUGCUUUCUGGACCUGUGGAUGAAAGCUGCUAUGAACAAAUGAAAGCACGGCCAGAGAGGGUUUUAAAAGAAAAGGAGGGACAAUCAUCUAUGCAGGUAGAGGCUGAUGCACAGAUGUGCUAUGCUUCACUGGAUCACAGCUUCAAGAGGAAACACAGAAAGCCAAAAGCUCACUUUUCAGAUAAGGAUGAAAAUGAGAAAUUACAUACAGUGGAUACCAGACUACCUGAAAGGAAUUCAACCCACAGUUUCAGAGAAGAACAAAACAUGUUGGAGGAAAACAUUCAUGAUGAUCCCAUUAGACUAUUUGGUUUGAUUCAUGCAAAGAGAGAGCAGAUAAAUAUGCAAGACUCUGACCCAGCUUAGUGAAUGGAUGAUUUUUGCCAAAGAAAAACACCAUGUCAUGAUAUAACUUUAAAGCUGAAGGAUAACUUAGGAAAGUUGUAUGUUGAUCAGUUGUUUAUAGAAAUUCAAUUUACUUCUUUUUCAGACACCACUUUGUCACCCUGAAUGAUAUUAACAAAAUGAAAAAGUCUGUGUUGAUAUGUAAAAUAGAUGUUGC